GGAUGUAGUAACUUACACACUAGUUGGAAACUAAAGACCACUCUGAUGUUUUCGUUGGGAGCUGAUGAAGAUGACCUGGAUUUUACUCCUAGCAAUGGGUCUGGUUUAAUGAGCUUAUUUGGGAGGACUUCAAGCACUGGCAGCAGUAAAAGUGACAGUCUCAAGUUCAGUGCUCCCAAACAACCGAAACCAGAACCCAAAUCCGAUGGAGCUGGCAGCGGAGUCCUAUUUGCUAGUGUCUGUCAAACAUAUCUCUACCAAGAUAACAGCUACAAUCCUAAGGGGAAGCUUGGAGUAGCUCUAACGGGUUCCAAAAGUGUCAUUAUAUACGGCCAGAAACAAAGAGUUGUCUCCAACUGCAAACUGUCUCCAGACACAUUGUUCACUAUAACUGCUGCUAACUUUCUCACCUACUAUGACGACGCCCAACAAUGCUGGGCUGUCAUGUUCACCAAUGAGAAUGAUCUGGAAACGUUUCUCCAGAAAGUUUCCGUUGUGAAGUUUGGAUUGGGUAAAAAACUAUCAAAACAGCAAGUUAACUUUGUAAAAGAUAAAAGCAAAUCAGUGGGUACCACAGAUAAUGUCACGGUAGGGUAUGUUGGACACCUCAUUGAAAACGAUCAACUUGGCACACAGUUUGACACCAAUGAGUCCUUUCUUGUGAAGUUAUCAGCACCAACAGUAAUUAAGGGCUGGGUUGAGGCCUUACCGCAGUGUACAGAGGGAGGUGUAUACUGGGUGUGUAUUCCUGCUUCACUCGCUUAUGGAGACAAAGGUGUGCCUAACCGCAUCCCCCCAAAUAGCGAUCUUUCCUUCAGAAUCACAGUAAAGGAAAUCACACCGAUCACUGUAGCAACUGCUCCUAAAUCGCCCAUCUCCACCUCCCAAAAUAUGAACGAUUUCACUGAUAGUUCUUCUGUGGACAGUCUUCCCACACCCAAGAAGAGUGCUGUCAAUGGAACGCAGAAGAACGAGAUCUUAUCCCGAAUGGCUAGAAUGGGUGCCCAGCCUGCUAUGCCCACUGCUGCCAGAGUAACUUCUAGCCCUGACCAAGAUCAGCCAGAUCACACUGAUGAACUUAGGUCUCGAACGUCGUCAGUUAAAUCAAACAGAUCAAAAAGAAAGUCCCGAUCAUCAAGUUGCGUUGUUGGAGAAGAGAAACCCCCUUUAAUCCCAGCCAAACCAGGGCCUCUGGUACCCCACUAUACCCACGCAGGGUAUCCUUCUUCUGCCUUUCCUGCUUUUUCAGCAGUCUCACCACAUGUUAUGGCAGCUCCUGAGAUUAAAGAAAACCUGGACAUUAGUAAGAAUACGGAUAAAAGUGUUUCUGCUAUUGAGGCUUCGCUAAAAGGGGUAGAAGCAAAGCUAAACAUGCUUUCAGAGCAAGCUAUAUUCUUUAACAGCACUGUAGCAAGUUGCCCUACUGUUGACACACAGCUCCUGAUGUACAACUUGCAACGAAUCGUUUCAGAAAAUGACAGUUUGAAAACAGAUGUGAAGAAGAAAACAGUAACUUUGGAAGAGCGUUGGAAAAUAACCGAGUUGCUGAAUAAGAAUCAAGAGCUUUUGAACCUGAAGAAUGAGGCCCUGGAAAUGUCACAAAACAAUUUUAUGGCUACCUCGACAAAUUCUUCUAAUGAAAUUCAGCGGUUGGAACAGGAAAAUGAACAACUGAACAGCGAGUUGAAAGUUUUCAAAUCUUCAAGCAAUAAUCGCCAAUUUGAGAUAGAUGCAAAACAUGACCAAAUAAACGCUUUAAAAUCUCAAAUUGAGACCAUGUAUACAGAGAAUAACAAAAUGCAAGCCAGCAUGUAUGAGACAAGAAACGAAUUGUCGGCCCUUAGAUUAACAUCUUCUGAUAGUGGUGGGCAGGAAGCGAUCCUUCAGAAGGAAAUAGCAAAACUCAAAGAACGAGUCCAGUCUUCUUUAGUUGAAAAACUUGAAAUUUCCCAGCAGUUGGAUGACCAGCUUUUUAGUGAAAAGCAGAUGAAAAUGAAAUUUGAAAAGAAAAUUCGACAGCUCCAAAGUCUUCUCGAAGAUAGCCAAUCUGAAAAUGGUAACGAAAGUUUGGUCCAGGAAAAUCGUCAACUCAACGAAGAUCUUCAAAGAAUAACCAACAAACUAUCGGCAGAAAAGGUUACAACGGCUAGUCUUGAAAAGCAGCUGAAAGAGGAAAAAGCCACCAGCUCGAAAAGGUUAACAGAAGAAAGUGAUAGAUUAUCAAGUAGGGAGGAGGAGUUCAGAGAAACUGUCAGUGCACUCAACAGAGAGAUGGAAGAUUUGAGUAAGGAACUUCGUGAUAGGGACGAUCAGAUUAAAUCCAUGGCACUGGAGCUUGAAGACAGAGGCACCAAGUCCGAUAAACCACUUUCUCAAGCCAAUAAUAACUUAAAAGAGAUGAUCAAUGUGAAAGUGAAAGGGAUUCUGAACGUCGUUUUCAGACAGUUCAAAGAGAAAGUUGAUUUGGAAGGUUCGUAUGAUGGUCGCGAUGUUCUUUCUCUUAUCAUGAAUGUUCUAAAAGAGGCUACUCUGUCUUUAUUAGCUGACAGUUCUGAUGAGGAAUCUGAAUCCGAUGAAGAAGAUACUGAUAAUGAUGAUCCUGAUGAAGAUGAUGAUCCUGAUGAAGGUGGCGAUCCUAAUGAUGGUGCUGAUGAUUCACCUCUUGCUGAGGAAACAGCUCAGAUGCAGACUAUUAAUUCUACCGAAUUUGAGAUCCCUGAGGCGAUUGGCUCUGUAUUUCCACAUGAACAGCCUAAUGCAUCAACUGCCAAUAAUGAUACGUUUUACUCUGCCUUGGAUCAAACAGCAACUACAGAGGAAGGUGAAUCUUCCAACAGAUCUAUUGAAGCAGCUCCUCAAGACGAACAUCCUGCUGAUAAUGCUGAUAAUGCUGAAAAUCCAGUUCAGAACGAUUUAGAUCCCUCUCAAGUGCACCAGCGCCAGGGUCUGAACACUGAGGAGUUUGAAGCGCGGGAGGAGGAGGAUUUGUGGAUGGCAGCGCCGCCAAGCGAACCACCACACAGUCCAGCACCAGCCACUUUCGAACCCAAUUUUCAGCAUAAUACAGUCAGUGUGGAAGAUAUCACUCAUCUGUCAACCGAGGUAUUCGGAGCUCGUCCAGAACAAAUGACGACGAGUCCCUCGAACACGCGAAGAGAAGGAGCUAGUACCACACGACGGGCGGACGGACCGCCUCCCCUUUUUAGCGACAGUGAGGAUGAUUUACUAGACAUAUAGAAGUGAACAAUCAGACCUCAUUUUCUAUAACUGAAUCCGAAUAAAAGACACGUUGGUGUUGUAUUGAGUGUUUGAUUGAUGAUUUUGAA